GAAACAUCAUCAACAACAUCAUCAGAUAAACAACAACAACAACUAUCAACAUUGAAUGAAAUAUUAUCAAUCGAUUCUAAUUGGAAUGAUAAUAAACUUAUUCGAAAUGAACAUUUAAGAUUGGUGAAUUUUACAUUGAAUAAACAGAAUAAAUUUUUCACCGUUUAUCGUACCGAUUCGAAUGAAUUUUUUAUCGGUAGUAAUAAUACUGUUUAUCGUAUUGAUCUGAUAAAAAACACUACUAAUGAUAAUGAUUGGAAAUUUAUUUUAUAUGAAAAAAAUUUUACAAAUGGACCAUAUGAACUGAAUCGACGAUGUUCAAACACCACCACCACCACCACCGACAAUAAUAUUGUACAAAUAUUUCAACAUCAUUCAUCAAUGUUUGUUUGUGGUACGAAUCGUUGUGGUUUGUGUAAUAAAAUUUCAACAAAUUUUUCUCAAGAAAAAAUUUUUGCUACUAGUUUGAAAAAUUUUUAUGGUGAUUGUCAUGUUGAUAAUAAAUUACUUAAUGAAAUGUCAAAAAAUAUUGAUAAUCAAACCGAUUAUGAUGAAUAUCUAAAACCGAUAAAUUUUCUUUCACAUUCAAAUGGCCAUCAAUCAUCAUUAAUGUUUUUCGGUUCAAAUGACAUCCUCUAUACGGCAUUUUCAAAUGAUAAUAAUCGUGAUAAAAAUUUACAAUUACCAUUCAUUUCUGCACGUAAAAUUGGUGAACAUGGUUUUCGUUAUGUUAUACAUAAAAUAAAUGAUUGUUCAAGAAUUAAAUUAAAAUCAAAUGAUAAUUAUCAAUUUAAAUUCAUUACCGGUUUUAGUUAUAAUAAUUUUGCAUAUUUUUUAUUCAUGGAACAUCAUCAAUCAUAUGAUAAUAAUAAUAAUAAUACUGAAUUACGUUUAGGUCGUUUAUGUGAAAAUCGUUCAAAUUCAUUAUUAACAUAUAUGGAAAUCAAAUUAAAAUGUAAUCAAUUUUAUCAAGCAAAUUCAGCAUAUUUAUCAAAAACAUUAAAUGGUAAUGAUUAUGAUGGAUUUCAUUUGAAUUCAACUUUACAAGAUGGUCAACUUUUAAUUGGUUUCAACGAUGAUGAUGAUCUAAAUCAAUCAAACGUUUGUCAAUUUUCAAUGGAACAAAUUUCACAACAUUUUCAAAAAGGUUUUAAUCGUUGUAUAGUGACUGGUAAUGAAAAAUUAAUACCAAAAUUAACAACCACGAUACGACAAUGUAAAAAAACCAGUUCAAGUAUGAAUGAAAAUGAAUGUCCUUAUUCGAUUGAUAAUCGUUUUAUUGAAUAUGGUGAACCAUUAAUUGUACAACCAAUAAUUAAUAUUAAAAAUGAUCGCAUAACAUCAUUAGGAUCAGUAUUUAUUAAUAAUCAUCAAUAUAUUUUUGUUGGUACUGUCAAUGGUUAUCUAUAUAAAUUUUAUAAAAAAUCACAAUAUUCAUCAAUAAAUUCAAUUUAUCGUUUAAAAUUACAAGAACCAUUAUUAUCAUUACAAAAUAUACCAUUCGAUGUUGAAACAGCAACAUUUUAUCUAUUAUCAUCGAAUCAUUUAAUACGUUAUCCAAUAAUAUCUUGUUCAGUUUAUUCAACAUGUUCAUCAUGUAUACAAUUACGUGAACAUCAUUCAGAAUUGAAACAUAAAUCUUGUUUUUGGCAUAAUAAUCAAUGUGUAAUAAAAAAAUCAAUAUCAUUAGAAAAUUUACAACCAAAAUGUCCACCAGUUGUUCAUCAAUUUGAACCAAAACAAGGACCAAUUCAAGGUGGUAGUGAAUUAAAGUUUUAUGGUUAUAAUUUUGGUGAAUCAAAAUCUUCCACAUCAAAUAGUGAUCUGAAAAUUAAUAUUGGUCAUAUACCAUGUAUAAUUAUUGAACGUAAAGAUACAUUUGUUCGUUGUCAGAUUGAAAAAUCAUUGAAUAAUUAUGAACAUAAUGCAAUCAUAUAUUUUAAUGCAACAGAUAAAUUGAAUGUUGCUGAACGUGGUUUUAUGAUUGAUGGUAGUAUUGAAUUGGAUGAAACAUUUCAAUAUUUAUCACCAUUGAUUUGUGGUAUACAUCCAACAUAUGGUCCAUUUGCAGGUGGUACUGAAAUUUUAUUAUUUGGUAAAUAUCUUAAUAUCGGUACAAAUGCAUCAUUAUAUUUAGGUGAACAAAAUUGUCAAAUUCUGACUAAAGGUCAUCGUUAUGUCAUAUGUAAAACAAUGAAACUGAAUAGUACAAAUCAAAUACAUUCAAAAAAUAAAACCAUUCGUUUUGAAAUUGAUUAUUAUUCAGCAAAUUUAAAUCAUCAAAAUUCUUAUCAAUUAAUAACAUCGGAUAUGAUUUUUAAUAAUAAAUUUGAAUUUAAUUUCGAAUCUUGUGAUGAUUUGCAACAAUUUUCAGCAAAUAAUCAUCAUCGACAACGACGACGACGACGACAUAAUCAACAAUCAAUGGAAAAAUUUAUUGAAAAACCAUUUUCAUUAGAGAAAAAAUUUAUAUUUCGUUUUGAAAAAUUAAUUGGAAAAAAUCAACCAAUUGAAUUUCUUGGACAAUUUGAAUAUAGAAGAAAUCCAUCUAUGAAAACAAAACAAAAUAUUUUUGUUGGUUUUUAUUCAUCCAAUUCAACCAUAAAUUUUUUUGGUGAUCAUCUUCGUUCAAUAUUAUAUCCUGAAUUGGAAUUAAUAUCACAAUCAGUUAAUAAUAAUUUAUCCUUAUUAACUGAAUGUGAUUAUAUACAUCCAACAUUAACAACAUCAUCAUAUUUAACCUGUUAUAUACCGCCAUCUGAAAUGACUAAAAAUAUUAAUAAUGAUAAUAAUAAUCAUUAUUAUUUAAAUAGAUUAUUAAAUGUUAAUUAUAAAUUGCAUUUAGAUGGUAUAAUUGGACAUGAAGGUAAAAUAAUAUUUUAUCCGGAUCCAAAAUUUUCACCAAUCGAACGUAUAAAUGUUUCCGAAUCAAAUCGUUUAUUAUCAUUAUAUGGUGAAAAUUUUUAUGAUAAUAUACCAAUCGAUAUAAAAAUUGAUAAUAAUUAUAAUUGUACGGAAAAAUUUCGUUCAUUAAAUCGUAUUGAUUGUAUUGUUGAUAUUAAUGAUUUGGAAUUAAAAGAAUUGAUUGGUAUUACGCAAAAUGUAACUAUUCAAAUUGGAACGAAUAAAACACGUUUGGGUGAAAUGAUAUUUGAACAUUCCGAACCAACAAAAUAUAGACAAAAAUCUGAACUUGCUUAUAUUUGGCUUGGUUUUAUAUUUUUAUUAACAUUAAUAUUAAUUGGUUUGGGUGCAUUAUGGUUAUAUAUUCGAAAACAUAUACCAUCAAAUGAAAAAACAAAUAAUAAUAAUCAAUAUAAUCUGAUUGAUAGACAAUUUACAAUGACUGAACUUGCUAGCAGUGAAACUGAACAUUUACUUGAUGAAACAUUUGAAGCAAUUGAAAAUGGAUUAGAAAUACGUAAACAAAUGAAAAAUCAAAAUUUAAUAUUAAAAGAUUCGAAUCGUUUAAAAUUAAUUGAAUUAUGUGGUCAAGGAAAUUAUGGUUAUGUAUUUCGUGGACAAUUAGAUAAUGAUGAAAAUAAUUUGGUUGCAGUCAAAACAAUCAAAGAUCAAUCACAGAAUAGUUUUCUAUUAGAAGAAAUGAUUAUAAUGAAAAAUUUUUCACAUGAAAAUGUUAUGUCAUUAAAAUUUAUAACAAUUGUUUGUCCAAUACCACCAGCAAAUCCACAACCAUCAUUAGCAUUAGUAACACCAUUUAUGCAUUAUGGUGAUUUACGUAGCUAUUUACGUGAUAAUAAUAAUUCACCAAGAUUAUGUGAUCUUAUUAAUUAUUCAAGACAAAUUGCAUCAGGGAUGGAUUAUCUAUCGCAACAGAAUUUUGUACAUCGUGAUUUAGCAGCAAGAAAUUGUUUAUUAGAUAAAAAUGGUGUUGUUAAAAUAAGUGAUUUUGGUUUAUCACGUUUUUAUCAAGAUAAUAAACUUUAUUAUAGAGUAAAGAAUCAAACAACAGAAUUACCAAUACGUUGGAUGGCAAUAGAAUCAUUAACUGAACACUGUUUUACAACCAAAUCUGAUGUUUGGUCAUAUGGUGUAUUGGUUUGGGAAUUAUAUACACGUUGCCGUAUACCAUAUGAAGAAGUACAUUCUGAUUCAUUAAUUAGAUUUCUUAAUAUGGGUUAUAGAUUACCAAAACCACAUAUGAUACCGGUUAUAUUAUGGAUUGUUAAUUGUUGGUGUUGGUUACCGGAUCCAGAUGAACGUCCAACAUUCAAGGGUAUUGUCCAUAAAUUAGAUGAAAUUAAACAAUUAUUUAUUAAAAAACUUGCCAAUAUGAAUAAAACUUGGAAUAAUACAUUAUCACCAUCAUCAUCAUUAUUGAAUGAAACAAAUAAUCCAAUAAUAUCAAUGAAUAAUAAUCAUAAUUCACCAUCAUCACAAAUUUUUAAUCGUCAUUCAUCAACAUCAUCAUCAUUUGGUAAUAAUAAAUUUUCAUUAAAUUUUAAAGAUCAUUUAACAUCAAAUGGUUUGACAAAAUUAUAUGAAACAUUACGUAAUGAAUAUCAAUCACGACCACAAUUGACUGAUGAUGAUCUUUAUCGUAUGUGUUUUGAUAAUCGUAAUCUACAAUAUGAUCAUGGUGCAAGAAAUUCAUUACAAUCAAAUAAAAAACGUCAACAUCAAUUAUCACAACAACAACAACAAAUAUCUAUUAUUAAUAAUAAUGAUCAACACCAGCAACAACAACAACAAUCAUCUGAUUAUAAUCAACCAGCACAACGACAACAACCAUCACAACAAAUUCAUGAUCCAUUAUAUCAGAAAAUAUUUGGUGCAAAUGCAAAUAAUGAAACGAAUGAUGAUGAAAAUUCACGUAUACAAUCGAUAAUUAUAUCAAAUGAUAGUGAUCAAAGUCCACCACCAUAUUUAGAGGCAACAUCAUUACCACCGAAUUCACCUACAGCAGUAAUAAUACCAAAUAACAAUUUUGAACCAGAAUCAAUAUCGAUGAUGAUUAAUCAAUCAAAUAAUAUUGAUUAUGAUGUACCUCAAUCAAAACAACAACAAGAAACAAUAUUUGCUGCUGAACAAAUUAAUAAAUUACCAAUUACAGUAAUACAAAAUGAUGAAGAUCAAGAUGAUGAUGAUCAACAAUUGAAUGAUGAAUCAAAAUCAAUAAUGAAAAAAGAAUCCGAUCAUAAACAAACAAUGAUUAUUAGAAAUGGUUAUUCAUCUGGUGUUGGUAAUAAUCAUAAUAAUGAUACAUUAUCAUCAACAAAUCGUCUUUGAUUCAUAAUCAUUUUAUUCGAUUAUUUAUAUUUGUGAUUUUCAUAAUCAAUAUUAUUUUUUGAAAAAAAAGAUCUCAUCAUCAUCAAUAAUCAUCAUCAUCAUCAUCAUCAAAAUCAUCAGCAUGAUUAUCGAUUGACACACACGCGAAGAGAUAAAAUAGCAGCUAUUUUGUAAUUUUGAAUUCUGUGUGUUUUCGUAUUGAUAUAUGGAUGUUGUGAUUUAUAAUUAUUAUUAUUAUUUUUUUUUGUAACUUUGAAUGAUUUUAUUUUAUUUUUAUUCUCUCCAAAAAC